GUGAUGGCGGCGCCGCCUCCCGCCCGGCCGACCCGCGCUGCUCCGUGAGGCGGGUCCGGGCCGGGCCGGGCCGGGGUUGCCGGGCGGCGCCGCCAUGUCCCUGCUGUGCGUGCGCGUAAAAAAAGCCAAGCUCCAUGGACCCCCAGAUAAAUUUAAUACAUACGUGACCCUGAAAGUACAAAAUGUGAAGAGUACGACAGUGGCAGUGCGAGGGGACCAGCCUUGCUGGGAGCAAGACUUCAUGUUUGAGAUCAACCGGCUGGACCUGGGCCUCAUUGUUGAAGUGUGGAACAAAGGGCUGAUCUGGGACACAAUGGUUGGGACUCGGUGGAUUCCACUGAAGACCAUUCAGCAAUCGGACGAGGAGGGCCCUGGGGAGUGGUCUACGCUGGAGGCAGAGGUGGUGAUGAAGCACGAUGAGAUCUGUGGGACCAGAAAACCAACUCUACAUAAAAUUUUGUUGGACGCAAGAUUUGAAUUACCUUUUGAUAUCCCUGAGGAGGAAGCCAGAUACUGGACCAAAAAAUUAGAACAGAUUAAUUCCAUGGGAGAUCAUGAUGAAUAUUGCUUUACGGAAGAAGUCCAGAAGAAACCAUUGCCCUCUGCUGCCUCCCAGUGUUCCUUUGAAGACCCUGACAGUGCCGUGGACGAUCGAGACAGCGACUACCGCAGCGAGACGAGCAACACCCUCCCUCCUCCGUAUCACACGACUUCCCAGCCCAACGCCUCCGUGCACCAGUUCACCGUGCCGUCCCGCCUGCAGCAGCAGGGCGUCUUGCGGGAUUUCUGCCACGACUCCGUGCAGAGCUACGACCUGGAUUAUCGGGAAUGUGAGGCCAUCAGGCGAUAUGAUAGUCUAGACUCCACUGUGAGUGGCCGAACUGACCUAGAGUCUUCAUCUGAGUCUAGUCAAGUGACAAGUCGCCAGCACUCGCUGGGGAGCAGGCAGUCUCUAGAUUUGUCUGAUAGUCCUGCCGGCAGUAGUAGGUAUGGCUCCUCGUGCAGCGUUAGCCAGGGCAGCUCUCACCUCAGCGAGCCGGACCCCUGCCAGGAGAGCGCCCACGGCUCUGAGCAAGAAGAGGAGCCCCGGGAGCCGGAGUCGAACCCUUCCUACCGCAGUCCUGGCACUUACCAGAAGGAUGGCCAGGAGUGGCACAACGGGCAGGAGGAGCCCAAGCAAUUUGACAGCCAAGCAGAGAAGGAAAAAGUUUGCGAGAAGGAAGAGAAAGUUAAGGACCCUUCCACACCCAAGUUACCUCCCGAGCUUGAGAAACCCCAAGCUGCCAGUGCAGGACUUGCCGAGAGGUACCUUGAUGAAAAUGAAGCCCCACUUUUCCCUCCAGCACGAGCUUACUGGAUUCGAGCCAUUAAUAAAGUGCGAGUGCAGCUUCAGGAGGUUCAAGAUGAUGGAGAUCCAUCAAAGCAACCUUGGCUCAAAGGAGGGCCUGCGGGUGGUCUCUACGGCAUUGACAGCAUGCCCGAUCUACGCAAAAAGAAACCGGUUCCGCUUGUCAGUGACUUGUCACUGGUUCAGUCCCGGAAGGCUGGAAUUACCUCGGCAAUGGCCACGAGAUCAUCUCUCAAGGAUGAGGAGCUGAAAUCUCAUGUAUAUAAGAAGACACUGCAAGCCUUAAUUUACCCCAUCUCCUGUACAACCCCUCACAACUUUGAGGUGUGGACAGCCACCACCCCCACGUACUGUUACGAGUGCGAGGGGCUCCUAUGGGGCAUUGCACGGCAGGGCAUGCGCUGCACUGAAUGUGGGGUCAAGUGUCACGAGAAGUGCCAAGACCUGCUCAAUGCUGACUGCUUACAGAGAGCGGCAGAGAAGAGCUCUAAACAUGGAGCCGAGGAUCGAACCCAAAACAUCAUCAUGGCCAUGAAGGAUCGGAUGAAGAUUCGGGAGCGGAACAAGCCAGAAAUCUUUGACUUGAUCAGAGAUGUCUUUUGUGAGAGCAAAUUAGCCCAUGCCCAGCAAAUGAAGACUGUGAAACAGAGCGUGCUCGAUGGCACCUCCAAAUGGUUGGCUAAGAUCACUAUCACUGUGGUUUGUGCUCAGGGUCUGCAGGCCAAGGACAAAACCGGAUCUAGUGAUCCAUAUGUGACUGUUCAAGUUGGCAAGACAAAGAGGAGAACGAAAACCAUUUAUGGCAACCUGAAUCCUGUUUGGGAGGAGAAAUUCCACUUCGAGUGCCAUAACUCUUCAGAUCGCAUCAAAGUGCGGGUCUGGGAUGAGGACGACGACAUCAAGUCCCGGGUCAAGCAGAGGCUGAAACGCGAGUCGGAUGACUUCCUGGGGCAGACCAUCAUCGAGGUGCGCACGCUGAGCGGAGAGAUGGACGUGUGGUACAAUCUGGAGAAAAGAACUGAUAAAUCUGCGGUGUCUGGUGCUAUCCGGUUGCAAAUCAGCGUGGAGAUAAAAGGAGAAGAGAAAGUGGCCCCAUAUCACGUUCAGUACACCUGCCUUCAUGAAAACCUCUUCCACCAUCUCACUGAUAUCCAGGGGAAUGGAGUAGUGAAGAUACCUGAUGCCAAAGGAGAUGAUGCCUGGAAGGUGUACUUUGAUGAGACAGCCCAAGAGAUAGUGGAUGAAUUUGCAAUGCGUUACGGCAUAGAGUCGAUAUACCAGGCUAUGACGCAUUUUGCAUGUCUCUCCUCCAAGUACAUGUGCCCUGGCGUGCCGGCUGUGAUGAGCACCUUACUGGCCAAUAUCAACGCGUACUAUGCGCACACGACUGCCUCCACCAACGUGUCUGCUUCUGACCGCUUCUCAGCCUCCAACUUCGGGAAAGAGAGAUUUGUUAAACUUCUGGACCAGCUGCACAACUCUCUUCGGAUUGACCUCUCUACGUAUAGGAACAAUUUCCCAGCCAGCAGUCCUGAGCGGUUACAAGACUUGAAAUCCACAGUGGACUUGCUGACCAGCAUCACCUUCUUCCGAAUGAAGGUCCAAGAACUACAGAGUCCGCCCCGAGCCAGUCAAGUCGUGAAGGACUGCGUUAAGGCCUGUCUCAACUCGACCUAUGAAUACAUCUUCAACAACUGCCACGAACUGUACAGCCGCGAAUAUCAACUGGAUCCUAACAAAAAUCAGGAUCUCCCUCCAGAGGAGCAAGGCCCCAGCAUCAGGAACCUUGAUUUUUGGCCCAAACUCAUCACUCUGAUAGUUUCCAUUAUAGAAGAGGAUAAAAACUCAUACACCCCUGUCCUAAACCAGUUUCCGCAGGAGCUUGCUGUUGGGAAGAUCAGUGCCGAAGUCAUGUGGAAUCUGUUUGCCCAGGACAUGAAGUACGCCAUGGAAGAGCACGAAAAGAACCGGCUGUGCAAGAGCGCGGACUAUAUGAAUUUGCACUUCAAAGUGAAAUGGCUGUACAACGAGUACGUCCGGGACCUGCCUGCCUUCAAGGGGAAAGUGCCUGAGUAUCCAGCGUGGUUCGAGCAGUUUGUGAUGCAGUGGCUGGAUGAAAACGAGGAGGUUUCCUUCGAAUUCCUCCAUGGAGCCCUGGAGAGAGACAAGAAAGACGGGUUCCAGCAGACGUCGGAGCACGCGCUGUUCUCCUGCUCGGUGGUGGACGUCUUCACCCAGCUCAACCAGAGCUUCGAGAUCAUCAAGAAGCUGGAGUGCCCAGACCCGGUCAUAGUUGCUCACUACAUGAGGAGGUUUGCCAAGACGAUCGGGAAGGUGCUGAUGCAGUACGCCGACAUCCUCUCCAGGAGCUUCCGGUCCUACUGCUCCAAGGAGAAGCUGCCCUGCAUCCUGAUGAAUAACAUCCAGCAGCUGAGGGUACAACUUGAGAAGAUGUUUGAGGCCAUGGGUGGUAAAGAGCUGGAUCCAGAAGCAAGCGAUCAUCUCAAAGAGCUCCAGGUGAGACUGAACAACGUUUUGGAUGAGCUCAGCGCCGUGUUUGGUAACAGCUUUCAGACCCGCAUUGACGAGUGCGUCAAGCAGAUGUCGGACAUCCUUUGUCAAGUGAAGGGGACGGGCAAUAUCCCUGCAAACGCCCGGAACACGGUGGCGCAAGAUGCAGACAAUGUCCUGAGGCCGCUGAUGGACUUCCUGGAUGGAAACCUGACGCUGUUUGCGACGGUGUGUGAGAAGACGGUGCUGAAGCGGGUGCUGAAGGAGCUCUGGCGCGUGGUAAUGAACACCAUGGAGAAGCUGAUUGUGCUGCCUCCGCUCACAGACCACACGGGUACCCAGUUGAUUUUCAGUGCUGCUAAGGAACUGGGACACUUGUCAAAGUUGAAGGAUCACAUGGUGAGGGAGGAAACCAGAAGUCUCACUCCGAAGCAGUGCGUGGUUCUGGAUCUUGCUCUGGACACCAUCAAACAAUACUUCCAUGCUGGUGGGAACGGUUUGAAGAAAACCUUCUUGGAGAAGAGCCCGGACCUGCAGUCGCUGCGCUACGCCCUGUCCCUCUACACGCAGACUACAGACACGCUCAUCAAAACCUUUGUGCAGACUCAGACGGCUCAGGGGUCCGGCGUGGACGAUCCAGUGGGCGAAGUGUCCAUACAGAUUGACUUAUACACGCACCCAGGAACCGGCGAACACAAGGUCACGGUGAAAGUCGUGGCAGCCAACGACCUGAAGUGGCAGACGUCUGGCAUGUUCCGCCCCUUUGUCGAAGUCACCAUGAUUGGACCCCAUCAAAGCGACAAGAAGAGGAAGUUCACAACCAAGUCCAAGAGCAACAACUGGGCUCCCAAGUACAACGAGACAUUUCACUUCAUCCUGGGAAACGAAGACGGCCCCGACGCCUACGAGCUCCAGGUCUGCGUGAAGGAUUACUGCUUUGCGCGGGAGGACCGGGUGCUGGGCAUCGCUGUGAUGCAGCUCAGAGACAUAGCGGACAAAGGCAGCUGCGCCUGCUGGUGCCCGCUGGGGCGCCGCAUCCACAUGGACGAGACGGGGCUCACCGUCCUGAGGAUCCUCUCGCAAAGGACCAACGAUGAAGUGGCCAGGGAGUUUGUGAAACUGAAAUCUGAGUCCCGCUCCACGGAGGAAGGCACCUGAGCUGGGCCUGGCCACGUCCCCCCUCCUCUGCCUUGUGCCAACAUGUGCAAGUGUUCAACCAUUUUUCUUUCUUUGAUUCCAUGAGGUUUUUCACGUUGUCUUUGGUCAGCUCCAGUAGUGCGUGUGUGCUGUGCAGGGAACCCCUCCACCCAUCCCAUGUGGAUUAUUUAUUUUUCAAUAGCUGGGUCAGAUGCCCGAGAGAUGGAGACGCGUUUUGUCUUGAAGAGGCCAAUUCUGCUUUUGUGGAAGUAUGUUGUUUGCUACCAGGGGUGGGCAGGCUGGGGGUGGCGAGAUGGGGCACUGUGAUUUUUAUCCUCAAAAGCUGGCAGAUGUUAAGAAGUUUCUUCGAAAUCAAACCAUGGAAGAAACCCAAGCAGCGCGUAGCAGGAGGAGAACAAUGAUUUGGGUUUGUCUUGUCAUCCUGUUCACAUAUCCUAGAGUUUCUGAAGGAUGUCCUUGUGUGGGGAACGCCGAUACACUCCGGCACGACUCUCGUGCACCUCAACGCCUGCCAAAACUACCUGCACGGGUCUCGGACUGGGCAGGUUGAGCGACUCCCUGACCCAGGAUAUGCUGCCGAGAGCACGGCAAGGACCAGCAGGUCAAGAGCACGGGGGCUCGGGCAGCUGCCCAGGUGAGGGCUGAAAAGGUGAUAAGUGUGGCGCUGAUCACGGCCGCCCUGCUGAUGACUGUGGUGGCUCGUGGAGAAUGCAAGCCCCCCUGCACGGUGCCGGGACCGCUGUCUGCUGCAGGCUGCUGGAUCCCGAGAAUCGCGCUCUGGCUACUAGCGACAUCUGGAACGGGCGUUGUGGCCGCAGCGAGUUUUGUGGCUGCUCUUCACGUAUCUUUGAAAUUCAGCGUUUCACUGCCAGUUGUUGCUCUUGACAUCAUAUGUGCGGGAGGUCGGGGGCUGAGCUGAAUUGCUGGAUUCCCACCGUGUCUUGUCUCUGUGGAGGGUUCCUUGCUGGGGAGGCAGCGGCGACGGUCUGCCCGAGGGCAAGCAGCCAAUAUUGCACAGCCGUCACCGUUGCACCCACGCGUGCCAAGGGCUUUACUCCGAAUCAUGAAGCUGCCUUUGGCCACACGAGGGAUGGUUUGUCUAAGUAGGAUUGUCCGUCAUUUUGUGUAUUCAUGUCUCCCCUGGAAAGAUUUUUGCACUAGAGUAGAGGAGGGUCCAGCUUGCUUUGGCAAUGCGAGACGUCGCCUGGGUGCCAGGAGCCCGGUCUGCCUGAAAUCCCUGGACUGGGAGAGCCAGAGCAGCAGCGGCACCCGGCGGCGUGUCCUUCCUCUUAACCGCAGCCGUCGCACGCUGGACCCGGAAGGGGGAACGCACCGGUCCUUGCACACGACGUACCGUAGCACAGUCAGGACCUUCGAGGACUGCCUCACAAAAGGUGAUUCCUUUUGUAGUUUAUUUUCUAUUUUUCUCUGACACUUGUACAGCUGUACGAUACGGAUCCUGUACUACACGAGCCUGCUUGUAGAAAUCUCGGGACCUGCAGACCCGCUUCGCUGUCGUCGCCGGUGUAUUAUAACUGCGCUCUUCAAAACGCCGAGCUAUCCUUCUGAUUUUUAAUCAUUGUAUGUGCCAUCGUAGCGGGAAAUGAUAGGACAGUCUUUAAUAAAUUAUCUUUUAGCAGUA